ACGGUCGCUCGCUCCCAUUUCACGAGUAGAGGAAAAAAUUGAAACCCUAGAAGAUUUGAACCAUUCGCGUCGCGAUCUCCUGUUAACUGACCAAUUUCCAUCAAACCGUGUUGUCAGUGAUCGAAUAAUAAUAAAACCUUCGUCAGUGUCAACACACCUUCCAAGACAUCAACUGCAAAAGACGUGACAACAUUCAGGAAGACUUCGAAAGUUUCCAAAAAGACAUAACAUGAAAAAGUGGGACAGUUCAUCAAGUGAUGAGUUUUGGAAUAAAGUGAGAUUCUCGUUCGGCAGUAUUGCGGAUCAGCGCCGGCAUACUCUUCGCACGCGAUCCUAAUAAUAGCCGGUGCGUCCGUGUUCGAACAGGCGGGAAGGCAGGCAUCUAUAAAUACAGCGUAAUUCUGCCCGUGGAAAUACGAGACUGGCGCGGAUCACUCACUGUUCUCUCUCUUUCAGCUCGGGGAAGUAAGUCGAUCGAAAGCUGGCGCGAAAUCAGGGCUGAAAAGAGAGAUGUCCGACUCUACGGUAAUCGAAAUCGGAUCUGCCCACGCGUAGUAAGAUAAUCGGGCUCGUCUCGCGAGGCGCGAAAGUCCGAGGAAAGGCGGAGGCUAGGAAAUCCCUCUCGAGGUAAGCGAUUCGAGAUUGCAGAUUAUCGCCUUCUCGUAACAGGAGAAAUAUCCCAUCAGCCGAAGAGAAAGAGGAAAAUCACCGACUCGAUACACGAUAAGUCUGCCUCUUCCUAAAAAUAUCCGCGUCUCGCGCUUAGCUUUGGAAUCUCGUCUUCCGUCUGCUACUUCGAGACCGACGGCAGGCUGGGAGAUUCCAAAUCAGAAGAUUUUGAAGGUAGUGUUCCUGAAGUGUUCCUGAUAGUUUUCCUCAAGAGUUGUGUGUUGUGAUUGGAUUUGUACAAAAAUAAUUGUGUAAUAAGUAAUGCAAGAAUCGGAUUCUUUUGAAGAAACUAUAUCAGAUGAUCAGAGAACUCUCAAUCAGUAAAUCAAGAGCCAGACCGAAAAUAUCAGCAAUGGAAAGAUAAUCUUGGAUACCUCAUCGUGAGUUCUGUAGAAAUGCUUCGCAAUGGUGAUAUAAUUUGAAUUUGUUGUGAUAACCGGGAGUGCGAAGAGAAGAGAAGUUGCCGGCCGGUGGGUCGGGAAGUUGAGUGUGAUCCACAGUGGAGGGUAGAAGAAACAGAAUCGGGGGGGAAAGUGUAAGUGGGCCAGGAGAUGAGGCGAUGAUGGCCUACGGAGGAGUCAGCGGGGCUGGAUUGGGACCCUCGUCCGGGGGUUCAGAGGUCCUUGGCUCGACGCCGGAUUAUAGCCCAAGGGGUACACCAGCGCCCUUGAGCCAUUCGUCUGGCCCCGCAGAGAGCUUACCGCUCGCAGUUUACAGCCCCCAAGAUAGUCCGGCUAGUUCCGCCGGCGGUGGGGCCGUCGGCAAUGGACAGUUACCCAGCUUUGGAUUUACGCAGGAGCAGGUCGCCUGUGUUUGCGAGGCGAUGGUGUCGUCUGUCCAGGUUCUCCAGCAGGCGGGUUCGGUGGAAAGGCUCAGCAGGUUCCUGUGGUCGCUUCCAGUUUGUGCCCGUUUGCAUCGCCACGAAAGUGUUCUCAAGGCAAAAGCCAUCGUCGCCUUCCAUCGGGGCAACUUUAAGGAACUUUAUAAAUUACUCGAAGGCCACAACUUCAGUCCGCACAAUCAUCCAAAACUUCAAGCACUGUGGCUCACUGCACACUAUAUCGAGGCCGAAAAACUCAGAGGGAGGCCUUUAGGUGCUGUUGGAAAGUAUCGAGUGAGGCGUAAAUUUCCGUUACCUAGGACAAUCUGGGACGGGGAGGAAACUUCGUACUGCUUUAAGGAGAAAUCUAGGAGUAUUCUGAGGGAUUGGUAUACCGCAAAUCCUUAUCCGUCGCCGAGAGAAAAGCGGGAAUUAGCCGAGAACACUGGGCUCACGACGACGCAAGUUAGCAAUUGGUUCAAGAACCGAAGGCAACGAGAUCGAGCUGCUGAGCACAGUGGUCAGAGAGAAGACAAAGGAAAUGGUGGAGCCCUUGGGGAUUCGAGCUGUGAAAGUGGAGAUGACACCAAACUAUCGAUUGGCCCACCCACUCACAAGUUGUCCCUUGGUCAACAACCACAGACACCUUCGUCGUGUGCUGUUCAACAACAACAGCAGCAGCAGCAACAACAAAUGGAGCACCCUCAGUCCUCGAACAUGUAUCAGCUUCCACCUCCAGUAUCAGUUUCGAGUCCUCAUUCCUACCACCAAGGUCACACGUCGACCUUGAGUCAUUCACACACCCCAACACAUCAUAUGCAACCCCAUGACACGAGUAGUGAGAGUGGUGAUGACAAGAGAAAUCUCCAUCAUCAACUUCAGCAUCAUCUCCAGGGAGGUCAUGGUACCCAUAGUCUGGUUCAUCCCACCGCUACUUUGGCUCAACAUCCUUCAAGCUGCGCUCAACAGAAGACUCAGCUUGAUUAUAUGCAUCAGUACUAUCCUCAGGACUAUCUAAUCACUCCAACCUCGGAUCUGCAGAAGUCCCUUCCCCAUGCAGCAUCAGCGAUGCAAAUGGGAGCGAUAGCACCAUCGAUGGGCGGAUUGAGUCCCAUGGGACCAUCGACGAUGUUGUCCAACACGAUGUCAAGUGUCAACCCAAACAACAUCGUUUCCAUGAAUGGAAUGGGUAUGGGGUCCUAUCAAGGCAUGGGAAUGUCGACCCCCCAUGGCGGUUACCCCAGUGGCCUCGUCCUAGGAGAUUAUCACUCGUUGUGACUUUGGUCCCCGGGCAGCGAGGGUAAACGUAAUCAGGAAAAGACUUAGGGAAGUAAGCAAUUCGCGCAAUACAACUCUCAUCCGGUACCAAUCAAUUCUACAUUUAAAAUGAUUAAUCAAAAUCUACAGCGUCUAUUCAACUCUGACCUAAAAGAAAUCAAAUCCUUACCAACUUAAACCAUUCUUUUUCAUUAAUUGAAAAGGCAUUUAAUCCCUUUUCUAUUAAUAAAAAUAGCACAGGCCAACA